AUGGGUCACCACGCAGACGUGACUGGCCGUGAACAACAUUCCGCCAUGAAGUCAGUUGAGGCUCCACUAGUCCACUACACCAGCUACCGGCAGAACGGUUGUGGUCCUGAAAUUCCUUGGCUGUCACCAUCCCAGCUCGCGGAAGACUGGAACGCCCCAAUUUCGUGGACCACAGAAAGUGGCAGCCAGUCCAGCGAAAGCGCGUCUCCAGUCGAGAAAGCUGAGAUCCCCAAGCAGGCUUCAGAUGCGGAUGCGCAACUUGCAUACGUGAGGCCGGCUCCUGGUCUGGGGAGCCUGGGGCCUGGCGACCUUGCUUUUCUCAGUCAGCAAGGCUCAGCCAUCGGCAGACAGCCGGCCCCAUGUGAUAUGCUGAGUCUUGAUGUUCCUGUUCCAUUUCUGGCGGACGCUGUUCAUACUGGUUUCGCCGGUCAAUCAGGUCAAGACCAGGAUGCGCAUUCGCAUGGAGCUAGCAUAGCUGGCCACAAGUCACUGCCAAAAGCAACUCAAGCUUUCCGCAAAGCUCGUCGAGAAGCCGAUGAAUCGGAUUUGGCCAUGCAGAAGAGGAUCAACAAGGAGCUCACAACCGCUGCAAGUUCAAGGCCCGACUGCAUCACUGAGGUGCUGCGGGUGGCCGCAGUUCAUCUCCAUCAAUUGAAUGGAGUCAAUUUGUCUACGGCCAUCCAUCGCCUGGCUCGGGCAUGCGAAGGCUCCAAGGCAAAUGCGAGUCGAGUCAAGACAGACCCUGUCUUCGUUCUGAUGAUCGAGGUGGCAGAGCUCAAAGCUCAGCAGGAGCUUCUUGGUGAGACUGACAGCAUGCCUGGCAACUGCUGCACCAUCAUUACCUGGUCCUGCGCUGUCCUCCGGUUCUUCCGACCCAACCUUUUCACAGCUCUGGCUAGGGUAGCUGCUGGUAAACUCCAGGACUGCCAAUGCUACGAAGUCACCAACCUGUUGUGGAGCUUUGCGGAACUUUGCAAGCGACAGCCGCGGAUGGCGGCUGAGCUUGAAGCAAACAUACAGGAGCUUGUGGAGGCCACUGCAAGCUACUUUCUCCGCCGAAGUCCACAGGGGUGGAAGAUACAAGUGCUGGUCUCGGCGUUGGUGUCGCUGACCUGCAUGCCGUGCAAGGACUUUUGCACAAAGUGGUUCAUCAUCAGCAUUGUGCAGGAGCUCGCGGAGCGCAGCGACGAGGCGCAGGGUGCCAACCUGUUGCCCGUGGUGGUUGCAUUUGACACCCUGCGCACCAAGCACGUGAAGGUCUUCCGCGAAAUUUCAGCUGCAAUGAUUGCACGGUACCCCAAUUUUGUUGCUCGCUACAUGUAUGGUGGCGAUCGCCAAAAGGGGAAGUUUGCAGCGGCUGCGUCCGCGUGUGCUGUCCUGGGCAGGCUUAGCUUCGGCUUCGCACUGCCCAGCCCGCCACGGGGGGUCGCACGUAUUUCGACUGGGGUCCACGGUGAGAAGAGGUUGUUCUCCUUUUCAUCCUCUGCUGCAAGCACUGCGAGCACCGCAGUGCUUGGUCUUGUAGCUCUUGGCGGCGCCGCCUCAUUCCGGUCUCGCGCUGCCCGUUGUGCGGAGCCAUCUCAGCCGUCAACUCCUGGCGUUCCGCCAGUCCGAAUGCCCAUGGUCUCCACGGGCACGGGGGCCAUCGAUGUGAUGUCCAAGCUGCUGCAGGAUAGAAUCCUGAUGCUAAAUGGGCAGGUCAACGAUGAGAUGGCCAACGUCCUGGUAGCCCAGAUCCUUUAUUUAGCAAAUCAGGAUGCAGAGAAGGAUAUCACCAUCUACAUUAAUUCGCCAGGUGGAUCUGUGUCGGCAGGCAUGGCAAUCUUUGACGCCAUGCAGUUUGUUCCUUGCGAUGUUUCCACGGUUUGCUAUGGCAUGGCUGCAUCCAUGGGGGCCUUCUUGCUUGGAGCAGGGACCAAGGGCAAGCGGCGCUCGCUGCCAAACGCUCGCAUAAUGAUUCAUCAGCCGCUGGGAGGUGCUGGUGGCCAGGCAGCAGACAUUGAAAUCCAGGCAAAGGAAAUCCUGUUCCUUCGCGAGAUUUUGAACACGUAUUUGUCAGACUUCACUGGCAAACCGCUGGACACAGUGGCUGAAGACUGUGACCGCGAUUACUACAUGACUCCAGAGGAGGCUUCCCAGUAUGGCAUCAUUGACGAGGUCAUCGAGACAAAGAGCUGGCCUAGAUUGAAGAAGCCCACCAAGCCGGAGCUGGUCACAGGAGAGCAGGAAUGCGGCGUUGCUUGCACAAAGCGUGCCCUGUCAGGAUCUCCAAGCACCGGCUGCAAUGUCGUCCUGAGCUGGUAUCUCUCGUCCUUUUCGCUGCGCUCCCGCUUCUGCGAAGUGCUUUGGCCGAGGGAGGUGCUCUGGAUGUAUGCAUGUGUUGUUGCUGCCGCCAAUGUCCACUUCGGUGUGGUUCCCUGGCCGGUCCUGUGCUGCGGGACGCUGCUGGCUGAUGAAUUGUUUGACGACAGCGCACCAGCGUCCACGCGCUGCUCUUGGCUGCCUGGCCUGAACCUGACUCCGAUCGCUCGCGCUGUGCCAGUCCUGCUGCUGCCGUGCCUGAACCCUCAGCCCACAGCCGGAUUGCAGUACAUCCUCCACCAUCGACCUGGAACAUAUUCGAAAAAACAUUUAACAAAUCCGGAGCAUCGGAGCUUCCGAGACGAGCUUCAGGAUUUCUACACAACUGAACUGGUUGGAGGGAAGGAUUUUUCUUGGAACAAGCUUUUUGCAGUGCCGUUCGCUUCAUCGAGCUUGAGGCAUGUUCCGUGGAUUUGCGUUUACUUUGGAUUUGCCAUCCUGGUAUCAGUGUUGUGGCUGUUGCGAAGCAGGCAGGCCCGUCCUGUGGGUUUAAGAUCUCCGAUCUUCACUUUGGCAGCGCUUGCCAUCAUGACAUACCUGGUGUAUGACCGCACGCGCACGGUUGUUUGGCCUGCAUGCUUCUUGACAGCAAUGCUCGGCUGCAGCGGCAGCUCUGUCAGAGCUGAGCCUCCAGGCGCAUCUCGAGCAGCUUUGCUGCGUAUGGGUGCGGCUGUUGCUUGUUUUGCAUCCGCGAUGCUGCUGAUCUUGGGAGACUUCGAAGCUCCGUCCUUUGAGCUGAUGACGCUGAACUGGCCUGUGAGAUCAGCAGAGUUUGUGCGGAACCACGGCCUCCCGGGGAAUGUGUAUCACACGAUCACGUUCGGUGGAUAUCUUGUUUACUGGCUUCCAAACAAACAUUUUGCAGACACACGUGAGUACUGUUUUAAGCACUUGGACGAGUUGUACAGUAGUGUGUAUCUGGACCAUGAACGGCUGAAUCGUGACAUCUUGCAAAAGUAUCGCGUGAACAUCUAUGUCGCACUCAUUCCGCAAACCCGGCGCUUACCCAUGGGAGGCUUUGAAGAUGUUGCCGCCAGGUUUCUGCGCAAACCGUUAUGGGCAAGAGUUUUCUUCGACCAUGUGAGCGAGGUAUUUCUGCGCCGCGCUGUUCCUGAAUUUCAAGAUCUGAUUGAGAAGCAAGAAGUUUCUCUGAAUCCAGCCUUCCCUCCUGAUUACCAUGUCCGAGUGCUCCUUGGAAGGGAUGCAGGAGAUCCCCAAACUUUGGCCAAAGACUUGGGCGUGUGCCUGGCCCGUGGUGAGCUGUACUGCGAGCUGAUCGAAGCAUUACGUGUCUCCGCAACAGAACCCAAAGCUGUGUCUUCGUGGUUGAGGCAGCUGCAAGCCAAGGAUCCGGCCGAUAUCAAAAACGAAAGGCGGCUGACCCGCGAGUACUUAGAGUCUGUGAAGAUUCACCUUGCCAAACAGUUGAACGCCACGGGCAUGAGGUAG